ACAAAACAUAAAAUAAAAAUGACCUCUAUGGUUCUUUCAUCGCCUUUGAAUGCUUUACCACAUUUAAAACUAAGAAUAAACUCUUCUUCAUGUAUUUAUUUAUCCAACAAGAUCUCUCUUGAAUCCUCUAAAUCUUCAUUUAGCAAUGGUGACUUCACUUUUCCUUCACCAAAUUUCUCAACAUUUGUAUCAAAAUCUCCAUCUUUGAAUGUUAUCACUGCCCAAACAUCUCCACUUGGAGAACACACCAUCUAUGAAUUCCAAGCAAAGGAAAAGAGAAGAGGUCUCUCACUCAGUUGCUUUAGAGGGAAGGUUCUUCUGAUUGUCAAUGUUCCUGAGCAAGGUUCCGUGUGGACAGAAUCGCAGUAUGAAUUACUCCAUUAUCUAUAUGACAACCAUAAAUCUCAAGGGUUCGAGAUUGCAGCAUUUGUGUACGAUAAGAAAGAAACUGAUAAAGAAGGAAAUGAUGCACAAAAAGCACCAUCAAGGGGACAGGUAGAGAUUAAUGCUGCUAGAUUUCGAGUAUUCGACAAGGUAAAACUGAAUGGUCAAAGGGCACAUCCACUCUUUGUACAUCUAAGGUUAAAAUUUGGGAGAGGAGAACCUAUCAAGAGUGAAUUCCACAAGUUUCUCGUAGACAGAAAUGGUGUAGCUUACAAAAGCUUCUCAUUAGACACACCACGUCACGAGAUUGAGGAUCACAUCAAGCAUUUACUCUUGGAGGAUAUAGAUUGAUAAAGUUUAAGCAACCCAAUAAGAUGGCGCAUUAUUUACUUUGACCUUGGUAUUUUCUGUUCUUAUAUUUAUCAAAAAUUCUUCAUACUUGAUGUUAUUGCUGAUGAUUCGUCAGGUAGAAAACAAGUUGAAAGUAAGAAAUUUAUGUCUGAAUUAAUUUAUUAUUGUCUUGCUUAAAUUAUGUGCCAGUGCUUAGUGUUAAUUAAAUUUUCCUUUGGUUGAGUUUGGCCUUGGUCGGACAUGUAAUAUACAACAACAAAAUGUACAUUUUACUAGUUCUGUGGUAACAACCACACCUUAAUAUUUUA